GGAAAUGACGAAAAAGUGCUGGAUAAUGCUCCUCUGUUUGAAACAGAAAGCUAGUGGAAGGCAAAAGUACCGUGAUUUAGAUUUCUAAACUGUUUCUUCUGGAAUAAACCUACGUAAAGACCAGAAGCAGCACCAACAGGCGCAAUGUCUGCUUCAAUCCCUCAGAAGGGACUGGGUCCGGGUAUGCCUGGCAUGCCCUCUCAGCAGCAGCAGCAGUCGCAGGCACACAUGACCCCUGGACUAGGACCUGGUCAGCCUGGCAUGCCACCACAAAGUGCCCUGCGUGAAAUUUCUCCAGUCUACCUGUGCCGCAUUGGUCAGGAGACAGUCCAAGACAUUGUCACACGCACAAUGGAGAUCUUCCAGAUUACACGGGCCACUCAGCUGCCCAACGGUGUGACGCAAAGCCAGGCAGCGUAUCAGGACCGCUUUGGAAAGCUGCAGGAGCAUCUACGUCAGCUGACGCUUCUUUUUCGUAAGCUGCGUCUUCUUUAUGAACGGUGUGUAGAGAUGACAACCGACCUACAGGAGUCUCCAGCAGAACUGGUUCCUUAUGCAGGGGAGGAGACGGCACCUAUGAGGGUGGAGCCAUGUAGUCCAGCGGUUAUCCAGGAAAGACAAGAAGUUCUUGAGAAAGUAAGGCAGAAAAACCAUGAGAUGAAGGUGCUAAUGGACCAAAUGAGGAACCUCCUUUGGGAUGUCAAUGCCAUGCUUACCAUGCGAAAAUGACAGCGAUGGACCUUCCGUGAGAUCUGACCAGCUUCUGUGAAUUUUGGUUACACAACUUCACACAUUUCUGGUGCUGUUGCACAAUCAUCCGAGUAUAUAGCUGACUUCCUUUUAUUAACUGAUUGUGCUAAAAUAUUUCAUCUGGACAAACAAGAUGAUUUUUGGUCUUGCCUCAUUUACAGUAUUUAAUCCCAAUGCUCUGAUUAAUAGCUGUGUUAUCAAUGCACUGAAUUAGGAUAAGUAGUGUGAAUGCCAUGAUGAUGUGAACUGGUGUUUUUUUUACUUGAUGACUUUGUAAAAAAUAGUGCUUACACUACGAUCCUUUGUGUUGCAUGUUACAUUUGCGGUCCUCGGGUAAAGUGUGUGGGUCUAUUUUUCUUAGAGUUCCACAUUACACUCCCGAUCCCUUACUUCAGUGUAAGGGGUCCUCUAAAAAUAUUCAAAUGAACUAUUGAUUUUACAUCUUUUGUUGUUGUUGUUCUGGUUGUUGGUGGACUUAAUGAAUUUAAUACAUUUUAUACAAAAUAAAAAACAACUUUGUCAA